AUGGAUGGAUUCUCACAGGAACGUAAGAAGAGGGAUGAAUACCAUGGGAAAAGUUUCUACAUUCGACCUGCAAUGUUUCUGAUUAGGAGAGGGAAGGUCAUCCAUUCGUGGCGAUUGAAUUAUGCCGAUCAUUGUCCUAAGGUUUUGGAAGAAAUUGUUUUGAAAUUGGAUUUGAAAAGUGGUGGAGGUGAUGAUUUGGAAAGUUUGAAAAUGAAUGAGAAAAAUGUUGUGAAAAUUGAAAGUAAGAAAGUUAUUGGAAAGGAAGAAGAGAUGUUGAAUGAAGUUUCUAAUGAAAAUGAAACAAGGAAGGAAGAAUGUCAAAAUGUAAUAAUGGAAAUGGAAUUGAAAGAAUGUGAAUCUCAAAUCAAGGAACAAAUUCAAAUGGAAGAAACUAAACUUGACGAAUCUACCCUUCAAACCAUUGAAAUUUCCACACAAAUCGACAUGCCAAUCAUUGACACUUCUAGAGAAAUUCCAAUCUACAAGAGAAAACAAGCAAGCUCAUCAUUGGAAAUAAUCACACCAACUGAAAAGAAGGAAAAUGAAAAAAUUCAAACAAUCAAAGCAAAGAAAUCUCUCCAACCUAAAUAUUCCUGUUUUGGAAAUCGAAAUGUGGUAGGAGAUUCGGAUUUGAACAUGUUGGUAGUUUUGGAAAAUCCGAAACUUCGUAAAUAUUUCAAACUGUUUGCACAUAUGGAAUUUAAUAUUGAGAAUAUUCUAUUUUGGGAAGAAGUUAAUACUCACUACAAGCCAAUUGCUUCAUUUUCCAAAUUUGACAAGACGAAAUCAAUUGCUACAAGUAUUGGAAACCUUUUCCUAUUCGAUUCUCAUUCAGUCAUGCACGUAAAUACUUCGGAUAAAUUAAGGGAACAAGUAAGGGAACAAAUUCAAUUUCAUUUCGAAUCAAAAUCCAUUACUGAACUAUUACCAUCGAAAUAUAGAGUUAAUAGAUCAUUAGAAGACACUGCUGUCGAUCCACUUUCGAAUACACCAGAAGAAUCUGACAACAUUUCACAACUUUCAAUUGCUGAUCGAUUUAAUGAAACAGUUACUGGAAUAUUUGAUCCCAUCAUUAACGAAAUGUUAUCCUCUUCCAUACAGGACAUGUUUUUAAGAUUCAGGACAAGUGAUUUAUUCUCCCAAAUGAUUUCUUCAGUAAAAUAA